CAUUAAUUCCCCCUGCUAGAUCAAGUAUCUAAAAACUUUUAUUAAACAAUUAUUUAGAUUUUCUUGAAAAAUGUACACUUCUGCCUGUAUGCCCAGUUAUUAUAUUCUUUUUUCAUUUUUACACAAUACCGUAACACUGACCUCAGAGACUGGAUUAGGAUGAAUGCUUUUUAGAGUCGGCUCUGAUUGGACAGUUAUCCAUCAAUCACACGCAGAGGAGACAACAUUUGAAAGACAAGGGAAUGACGAGACUACAGCUCAAAUGAAUUCCACUAAAGUAGCCAGUGGAUGAUGCAGGAUCCUCAUAAUGGUUAACACUUUAAUAAGUAAGUAGACUGUCAUGGAGGGCAGCUGCACUCUUCUUCCGCUUUACAAACUAAUCAGAAAGAAAAAACAGAUAACUAAGUCUCUCCCAGUCAUUAACGGUCCAGUCUCUGUGAAGAAUGGAAGGGCAGCUCUUAAGGGUAAAGCUUUGAUUAGUCCUGGCAUGAAGGAGGUGGGACCAAUGAUGAAUGAGCACAAGGGUCUCCUUAAGAGAAAUGAUGUCAGAAAUAAGGUGCUUUUGGAGGAGAGGUCGGAUCCGCAUGUGGAUUGCAAAGCAAAGGCUGUAAUGGGAAAUCAACAGGGAUACAAGAAUUCAGACUUGGAAAGUGACCUUCGUAGUGGAGAGGAUCUGUGCUGCACCAGCAACCUGGAAAACAAGCUCAUUAUUUCUCCCAAAAGCCUGAGAAAAGCCUCCAGAGGGCAGAAACAGAAGAAAUUGUGGACAAUGAGAUCAAUGGACGUAGAGAAGAGGAUAUACGUUAACAAACAGAAACUGAAUUCAACUUCUGAACAACCCUCACACAAGGUUUUAAAAGAUGAAAACAGACAGUUCAAGCACGCAUGUCCUAGGAUGCAGACUGAAUUGAAAAAUAAUACAGCCAAGGAUUCAAGGAGCUCUGAGGAAGACCUGUCCAGUGAGCUCUCAGAGUAUGACAAUGUAUUUGAACUCGACUCAGAUGGGACAGAAAAUCUUCAUUACCUGAUGAAGACUACUAAGAAAAGUCUACAAGGGAAGUCGAUAGAAAUGAUUCAACCUUACCAGUGUGGGAAUAAGCAUAUGGAGCAGCAGAAAGCAAUGCCCAGUAUGAAACACAAGAUCCUCGAAGUUGAGAACCUUAUCCACCACGUUUGCACCAGUUUAGACUGUUUAAAAGACAGCACACAUACCUCAACCACAGGUGCGUUUUGGCCUAUUGACAGUCAUGUACCCACAGAGCACAAGGAGAGUUUCCCUUUGGAGCUCUGUGAAGAACUUAAGCAAACAAAUAUUAAAUCAAGAAGGACGAGUAUUUCAAUCACUUCUUCAGAUGCUGUGGCUACACUUUCAACAAGAUGCUCAAAUCUGGAUGCUGUGUCUCCACCAUUAUCCCGUCUAUCCUCACACACCUCCAGGGCAAUGCCACAGUAUCGUAUUCUGCCUCUACCUGAAGAGGAAGCAGAGGACUGCAACCGUAUUUAUCAAACACAAGAGGGAAAAUAUCUGUAUGGCAGCACAGAAAAGAGCACCUAUAAAGGAUCUGAAUCUGAGCACAGUGUCUGUUGGACCCCAUCUAGUACACCAACCAUCCCCACCUCUCCAACUAAAGAGGAGAGUGAGAACAGGGUGCUUGCAGAGGAGAAGUGGCCAUAUGAGCACAUUGGUAAUGUGUCCUUGUGCAACUCUGUGUCCAAAAACAAACCAGGUGAAGGAGAUGAGAUCAUCAGUACUCUCUUGACACAUGUCUCUCUUGACCGUGACCACACUCACAAGGACUGGAAAUUCAGAGUUGGCAAGACUUGGGGAGGCUAA